AUGCUCCGCAUAUGGAAGCUGUCAGGUGAAGAGCUUGCAGCCGUAAAAGAGGAACGAUUCGGUGGCGAGAGGACAGUGAAAGAGCUGAAGCAUCUUCUUCAGCAGGUUCAUGGUUUCCCUGUAUGUAUGCAGCAACUCGUGCGGGAUGGUUCCACAGUGGAUGAUAUUGCCGAGCUCGAAUUUCCCGAUCAUCUGCAGCUAGUGCUGCUGCCUGCUACCUGUGCUCUUACGCCUACGGUUGAAAGCGCAUUUUACGAUGCAUGUGCCCGCGAACAAGUUGAGGCUGUGCGUUCGAUACUUCAGACUGGCGUCCGUCCUUGCAGAAUGAAAGACACACUCAUGUCUGCAUGCUUGAACAAUCGCGUUGAGAUUGCUCGUUUGAUUGUGGAAGCUGAUUCGACUACCAUGGAUUAUCGAGCAUGGCGGGGUGGCCAAACAGCUUUGCUUGAAGCAGCGCACAAAGGCAACCAUGAGAUCGUGCGUUUACUAUUGGAAGCUGGUGCCAGCAAAGACUUGGCCAAUGACCGCGGGCAGACAGCUCUCAUUCGUUCAUCCGAGAGAGGUCACCUUGAGGUCACACGCAUUCUUCUGAAGGCAGGUGCUGAAAAGGAUAAGAGGGAUACUGACGACAACACGGCUCUCAUGCUUGCAGCCGACAAAGGCCACAUUGAGAUUGUGCGGUUGCUGGUGGCCGCCGGUGCCAACUUGGAUGUGCAGAAUAGGGACUCCAAGAACACAGCGAUCAUACAAGCAUCCAUCAAAGGCCAUGUUGAGAUUGCGCGACUGCUGGUGCAGGCCGGCGCUAAGCUGGACAUUAAAGGCCGUCACCUGUGCAAGCGGCUUCCGGCCCUUGUGUGUGCAACCAUUGAAGGCCACACCGACAUAGUUCGGAUGCUCCUGGACACUGGUGUGAACCUAUGA